AUGGCAUCCUUUUCGAUCCGCGCUUUCAUCCCACCACUGAAACGACGAUGUUUGCCCCUCCAAACCACCCGGCGGUAUGCGGUACAAGCGCCGGGCGCUCCAAUGAUGGAGAUAUUCAGUGGCCAACAGAAGUGGUUACAGAAGGAAAGAGCCGCAGCAGACAAAGAGAACAGCAGAGGUGUAGACUACCUCAGAGAUGAGGUGGCAUCCAGGCUGUGUGAGCGAGUAUUAGAUAUAAAUCGGCAUUUUCCCAAAGUCCUCGAUCUCGGUGCAAACGCAUGCAAUUUAUCCCGCGCACUUACUCUACCCUCCGAAGACGCCCCAGACAAAGGCCCUCGAUCCAAGCGAAUCGGCACCAUCACAGCCGCAGACUCGUCGGAAGCGCUCUUAUACCGCGACGCCGAUCUGCCCUUUAACAAGGAGAUCGAUAUCGUACGCGAGGUCCUGUCGACAUCGGAGCUAUUACCAUACGAAGCGAACUCUUUCGACGCCGUCUUGAGCAGCCUGAGCCUACAUUGGAUCAAUGACUUGCCCUCGGUGUUGGCGCAAGUGAACAACAUCCUAAAGCCAGAUGCUCCUUUCAUAGGCGUCAUGAUGGGAGGAGACAGCCUCUACGAGCUUCGUACGUCUCUGCAACUAGCAGAGUUGGACCGAAGAGGUGGUGUCUCAACACAUACCUCGCCACUAGCGGACGUGAAGGAUGUGGGUGGACUGCUACAAAAAGCCGGCUUCAAUCUCCUCACCGUGGACGUGGAUGAUAUCGUAGUCGACUAUCCCGAUACCUUCUCGUUGAUGAAGGACCUGCAGGCUAUGGGCGAGUCCAACGCUGUGCUUGCACGAGAGAAGGGGCCAAUCCAGAGGGACGUACUACUGGCCGCUGAAGCUAUAUACAAGGAACUUCAUGGCAACGAAGAUGGCACGCUUCCUGCGACUUUCAGGUUGAUUUACAUGAUUGGUUGGAAACCUAGUCCCACUCAAGCUAAACCGCUUGAGCGGGGGACGGGUAUGUUCAGCAUCAAGGACCAUCUAGAGAAGAAUGGUAAGCCUGGUGGGGACAAGGAAUAG